GAAAAAGGCCCAGUCAACGUCGAACUCCAAUGUGGUGUCCCCCUCCCUCAGGGAGGCCAAUGCGCCCGCUCCCUAACCUGUAAAUCCCACUCCAUGGGCGCAAAACGUGCCGUGCCCGGCCGCUCCGCACCCUACGACAUCCUCCUCGCUGCCUACCAAAAGAAAAACGCCGCAAAACAACAGAAAAUGCUACCACCCCCAGCCCCGGAACGCGACGAAUUCGAGCUAUCAGCCGGCGCACAGCCACAGGAUUCUGACGAAGAGGUGGCGAUGGUCAUGGAAGGGGUGGGGAGGAGUUAUGCAAGACCGUUGGAAAGGAGGGUCAUUACGAGUGGGAGGAGGCGUAAUAUGUUUUUUAGGGUUCGGGAGGGGAUGGCGAGUGCGCUUGGUGGAGGGAGGAUGAAUAUGCAGAAUAUGGGGGCGCCAGGGUUUGCGUCUAGGGUCUUGCCGUUUCCGGUGCAGGGUGGGUCGCAGGCUGGGAGUUAGAUGGCGUGCAAUGAGGGAGAAGAGAUGAGUCUGGGUUGGGCAAUGGUUAUGCGACUGAGAGUAUUGGGAUUCGGUUUUUAUGGCGUUUCUUUAUUGCUCGAGAAGAGGACGGCGACACCGCUGUUGCCAGAGCCGGAGAUGCAUGACAAGGCUCUAUAACUAAUACUGACAUGAUUUAAGACCUUUCUUUCGCAUCCAGC